GUCACUCUCAGUCUCACCGCACCGAUCGUCUUAUCCAGAAAUCUCUCUUGAAGCAAUGUCUCCUCCUGCAGUGGUCACUGAAUCCGCCGAUGGACAACCUGAGCAUCCAGUGGCUGCUUCUUCCAUCGCUGAAGAGCUCGAGAAGAAGCUUCAGACUGAUGAACCGAUUGUAGAAGAUGUGAAAGACGACGAAGAAGAUGAUGAUGAUGACGAAGAAGAUGAAGACGACGACGCAGACGCAGACGCUCAAGGUGUAAGUGGAAAUUCAAAGCAGAGCAGAAGUGAAAAGAAGAGCAGGAAGGCAAUGUUGAAGCUCGGUAUGAAACCAGUCACAGGUGUUAGCCGAGUGACCAUCAAAAGAACCAAAAACGUACUCUUCUUCAUCUCAAAGCCUGAUGUCUUCAAGAGCCCACAUUCAGAGACCUACGUUAUAUUCGGUGAGGCCAAAAUCGAGGACUUGAGCUCGCAGCUUCAAACACAAGCCGCUCAACAGUUUAGGAUGCCUGAAACUGGAGCCAUGUCUCAGAGAGCAGAGGCAUCUACAGCCACAGUAGAAGCGCAAGCGGAAGAAGAUGAAGAGGAAGUUGAUGAGACCGGUGUGGAGGCUCGUGACAUUGAUUUGGUCAUGACUCAGGCUGGAGUUUCGCGUAGCAAAGCGGUUAAGGCACUCAAGGGUCAUGAUGGAGAUAUUGUAAGCGCAAUAAUGGAACUCACUACUUAAAGAGAGCAGAGAAUGAAUCUCUCUGCUCUCUUCACUUGCUGAUAGUUUUCGAAUACUUUUGAAAGUUGUCAGAAAAUCGGAGGAUUAUUGUCCUCUCGAGUAUUUAAUCUCAUUCCUCGUUAUUUUAGUUAUGAAGAAAAUUUGAGAA